GCUUUGUGGUUCUUUGAUUGGUUCUGCGUCUGCGCCCCUGUAUUUAUUAAUUGUAUACACUGCAUUUAACAUGUUGCGCGCUUGCCAAUCUUGUGUUUUUUAUUUAGUGCUUGUUUUAGCCUCCAGUUGUCUAGUUUCCACUGUGAACAGCCAUCGUAAUGGAUAUGGAUAUGGAUACGGAUAUCCACGAGGAGGACCAACAACAACGGCGCCGCCGACAACGACAUCUUUAACGCCCAAGGAAUAUUUGGAUAGCAAGUCGGGUUUCUCAACAUUUGGCAUUAUUGCCAUAAUCUUUACGAUUAUUGUGCUUUCACUAGUGUUUUACUAUGGAGUUAUGUGUUAUCCGCUGUUAUGUCGCGAUGAUAAGAAAUAUCGCUUCAUGGACGUGUCAUCUACCAUCACGACGGCCACAUCGCGAUCCAUACAAUCGAUAGAGAACUAUCCGGUGGACCAGAAGCAUCAUCAUCAACUUGCCUAAGUAAUUGCCUCAUUUUACACGAAAUCCAAAACCGAUAAACUAAGUACUUAAAACGAAAGAACGAAAACAAGGAUACAAAUCAUUAGUAUUCAUGUAUACACACACACAUACAAGCAUACAAACACACACACACACCUAUAUACCUGCACACUCAUUUACUCAUGCAUAUGUAUGUAGCAAUAACCAGUUCAGCUGUUGUCUGAAAAUUUAAAUAUUCAUAUUAUUAUAUAUUUAGAGUCUGUAUUCGCUAUUUUAGUUUUUUGCUUCAUAUUAGUUUAUUUUCGUGUCGUUUUAUGCUACAACAUUGACAUCAUAUAACAGACUCCAUUUUAAAGAAUUUAUUUUAAAUCUUUCUUAGCCUGCGCAUGCGUACACGCACACACACAUACAUAUGCACAUAUGUCCGUCUACCUGAAUGAGGUGAAUUUACAGUGAAUCAAAAAAGUAUUUACACACCAAUAAUUUUUAUUUUUUAUGUAACUAGAUAAUUUAUUAUAUUUUGAAUCUAACAUAACCAACAAAUGUUUCUAUACUUAAGACUUAAUUCAAAUUGAAGGAAAUUUUUAUGAAUUUUUGCUUACAUUUAUUACAAAGUUUUGUCUAAUUUAAAUUGCAUCGUUUUAUAUUCUUCAAGUUAAUUGCUCUAAUAGUUAUCAAACAAAGUAAAAUAUUCGAGGUGUGCCUAUUAGGGUGCCUCGAUUCGGUGCGGUCAAAUCUAAGAUGUUUUCACCAACAAACCUUGCAUGGACGAAAACUAUGUUUUAAGGACAAUUGGUCAUUUGAUUUCCUGAAAUUUUGAAAUUCCUGGUUCUAAAAAGAGUUUUAAUAUCAAUAUCAGGAUCGGACUAAAAACACUAAUAAUAUGCUAAUGAUAACAUGCUAAACAAUAAAUUUUUCAACUUAAAAACUUUCUUGUAGUUUCCGUAGUUAACUAGUUUUGGUUACCAUUCGUUGGAAAAUAAAACAAAAUCGAUACACGCUAGUGCGCAUACUUUUUUGAUUCACUGUGUUUAUGUAUGUCUGUCUUAUUUGUUCCCCAAUCAUCGCAGGUAGUUUUCAUUUUCUUUUUGCGGCUUCAAAAACGUUUUCACUGACAGUUAAAGUCCAAGUCAAAUUGUUUUAAGGUCGUAGAUUUUCAUAUAAUUAUUUUUUAGCACCGUUGAAGAAUCCGCACCAACGAUUUCAUUGUUUAGCUCACAGGUUGUUUAUAGAAACACCACGUACUUAAUUUAUGCAAUACUUAUGCCAAUCUUGACAUAUUUUUAUAAAAAAAUUUACCUUUAGAUUAAGCAAAGAUCUGAAUUUACAAAUAAUGCAUUUAGUACUUAUUAGCUGAUACAAUUUGGAAUCGCUUUUUACAUUAGUUAAUAGUACGCUUUAUAUGUGUUGUGCAUUUUCACAUUACUCAAUAAUAAAAGCCAUCCAAA